AGAAAUGAAAAGAAACGCACUUCUUACAGAAAACACAUAUUUUCUCUUAGGCUUACUUAAUUAAAUUGAAUUAAAAUCGAAAUCGAUCAAAAAGUGAGCAAUAGGAAAUUAAAAUUUACUCCUUCUAUAUACAAUACAUGAAUUUGCAACGCUGAUGACGUCACAUGGACAUGAAGGACCGUUAAGAGGGGAUUCUGGUCAGAAUGAAAGAAAUUAAGAGGGUGGAACUCAUCGAACAAGUUUGUUCUGUAGACUUAAACGAUGAUGGCGUUACAACCAAGGCAAAUUAUAGAUGCUGUAACUGAAUUAGCUAAAGUAAGAAAAUUUAAAGUAAUUGUGGUCGAAUCUUUAAAAGGAGCAGCUUUGACUGGAGGUUGUGUUGUCGUUGGGGGAUUAGUUGGUGGACCAAUAGGUGUAGGAGUAGGUGGUGUUGUUGGAGCUUGUGUAGCAGCUGCUAAAGGGCGUACAAAGUACAAAUCUUUAGUUCAGGUUAUAGAACAUGACAUGUCUUAUGAACAAAAAGAACAAUUAGCUUCUCGUAUACAACGUGCUGUUGCCAACAUUACUAAGGAAGAUCUUCUAAUGCUAUUGCCAAUGCUGCUUCAAAGUGGUUCUAUACAAACUGUCGUCAUAAAUGUUUUGAAAGCAUUUUUGCUUAAAGAAUUAAGAAUGAAACUGACACAAUGAAUAAUGAUAAUAUAAUAAUCAUACGUUCCUUUUCUUAUAAAUU